AUGGAAAGUAGUGCCACUUACCCGGCGGAGGUGCGCCGCCGUGCAUGCACGCUCGACGGGACCAACCACCUGAUCGCCUCGGCCAUUUUGCUGCCCGUCUCCUACACGCUCUUCGGAGAGUGGGGCACCGCAGCGGCUGGCGUCAUCAUAUUCCUCAGCUACCUCUUCACCCCUGCCGGAGGCGAUCUCUUCAGCAUCCUAUUAUUCCGCCGGCGACGCCCGCUUCCCGCCGCGUCCGGCGUCGUCGUCGUCAGCGGCGGCGGGUUGGACGCGGCCGCCAUCGCGGCGCUGCCGCCCGCGUUCGCGUUCAAGCGGGACGUGCUCGCCGGGGAGGGGUGGGCACAGUGCGCCAUCUGCUUGGGUCUGGUCCGCGAGGGCGAGACGGUGCGGCGGCUGCCGGCGUGCGGGCACCUGUUUCACGCCGGCUGCGUCGACGAGUGGCUGCGCGCGCACGCAACCUGCCCGCUCUGCCGCGCCGCAGCCCGGCCGCCUAUCUGA